UCAGAGGAUCCAGUCUUCAGCAGACUGAGGGCAGUCCUAUUCGACACAGGCAUACAGAGGAGAAUCCCCAAGAGCAAUUUACAGCAAUGGGAAACCACUUUCCUGUAGUUGAUCGUAACAACAGGAAAAUGCCCUUGGGUCAAGAUGGACACUCAUGGAAAAAGAAAACAUGUGACAUCAAGGAGAUGUAUGACUUUAAAGAUGUUCUUGGGACGGGGGCAUUCUCGGAGGUGGUGCUAGCGGAGGAGAAGAGGACGCAGAAGCUGGUGGCCAUCAAGUGCAUCCCCCGGAAAGCGCUCGAGGGCAAGGAGAACAGCAUCGAGAACGAGAUCGCCGUCCUGCACAAGAUUAAACAUGCCAACAUUGUCUCCCUUGAGGAUAUUUUCGAGAACAAGUCGCACCUCUACCUUGUCAUGCAGUUGGUGUCUGGAGGGGAACUCUUUGACCGGAUCGUGGAGAAAGGAUUCUACACGGAGAAGGACGCCAGCAAACUCAUUCAGCAGAUUCUGGACGCCGUGAAGUACCUCCAUGACAUGGGCAUUGUGCACCGCGACCUCAAGCCUGAGAACUUGCUCUACUACAGCAUGGAUGAGGACUCCAAGAUCAUGAUCAGCGACUUCGGCCUGUCCAAGAUCGAGGGCUCAGGCAGCGUUAUGUCAACAGCAUGUGGCACCCCAGGAUAUGUAGCUCCUGAGGUCCUGGCCCAGAAGCCCUACAGCAAGGCAGUGGACUGCUGGUCCAUCGUGUGAUCACAGCAUAUCCUGCUCUGCGGAUAUCCUCCCUUCUAUGAUGAAAACGAUGCCAAGCUGUUUGAACAGAUCCUCAAGGCAGAGUAUGAGUUUGACUCGCCAUACUGGGAUGACAUCUCCGAUUCAGCUAAAGAUUUCAUCGUCCAUCUGAUGGAGAAGGACCCCAGACUCCGCUACACGUGUGAACAGGCGUUUAUAUCCCUUGAGUCUGCUUGGAAAUGUCUGCAAGAUGAAUUAAAAUUGGUACCCCAGAUUCCCCCAUCAUAUUUGCGGCUGCAGUUUCCCUCCCUCUGUGAGGGGAUGUGUGUGUGUGUGUGUGUGUGUGUGUGUGUGCGAGCGCAUGCUUGUGUGUGCGUGUGUGUGUGUGUGUUUGACGGGGCCAUUAGUCCUAAUAUUGCCUCCCAUCUCCGCAGGAUCGCUGGAGACACGGCUCUGGACAAGAACAUUCACGAGUCCGUCAGCGCUCAGAUCAAGAAGAACUUUGCCAAAAGCAAAUGGAAGCAAGCCUUCAACGCCACGGCGGUGGUGCGGCACAUGCGCCGGCUGCAGCUGGGCACCAGCCAGGAGGGCACCAGCCAGACCAGCCUGCCCAGCCCCUGCCACGGCGCCGGGCACCUGCUGCUCCCCGAGCGCGACGAAGACGAGGAGCAGGACGCCGAGCAGAGUGAGUUUAGAGCACCUGCAUCUUCACCUGCCGUAAUACAGAGUGAGGCCCAGUGUGAGGGAGGCUGUUCAGAGGUGGCAGCUGACGGAUCAGAGGCUGAUGCCCUGCAGAACUGCGCAUACCGCUGCCACCCCACCAGCCGCGUGUGAG